GCGGGCGCGGCCGGGGGGGCGGGGCCUUCGUGGCGCAAGGUCUGCGCGCACUGCGCCUGCGCGGGCGGAGGCGGCGGCUGGAGCUCGGUGGGCACCAUCGGCCCCUCUGCGCCCCGUCGAGGGACACGCUGAGUAUAAGUGGAGGGGGAGAUGAAGCAUUAAAGGUGGCAAGGUGGCAGCAAUGCGUUCCGGCCUCAGAGAACUAUGGCAACAUCCGGUGAUUGGACUGGGAGUGAAUUGCAGGAUGGAGCAGAGCUGGCUGAGCACAGUGUGGAGGAACAAGCCCAGGGUGGUGUCUACCCUGAGGAGUUUGUGGCUAUCGCAGACUAUGCUGCACCUGAUGAGACACAGCUCAGUUUUCUGAGAGGAGAAAAGAUUCUCAUCCUGAGACAGACCACGGCUGACUGGUGGUGGGGUGAGCGUGCCGGGUGCUGUGGGUACAUCCCAGCCAACCACCUGGGGAAGCAGCUGGACGAGUGUGACCCAGAAGACAGCUGGCAGGAUGAGGAGUACUUCGGCAGCUAUGGAACCCUGAAACUUCACUUGGAGAUGUUGGCAGACCAGCCACGGACAACAAAAUACCACAACGUCAUCCUGCAGAACAGAGAAUCCCUGAAAGACAAGGUGAUCCUGGACGUUGGAUGUGGCACCGGCAUCAUCAGCCUCUUCUGUGCACACUAUGCUCAGCCCAAGGCCGUAUAUGCUGUGGAGGCCAGUGAGAUGGCCCAGCACACAGGCCAACUGGUCAUCCAGAAUGGCUUUGCAGACAUCAUCACUGUGUUCCAGCAGAAGGUGGAGGAUGUGGUGCUGCCCGAGAAGGUGGACGUACUGGUGUCUGAGUGGAUGGGGACAUGCCUGCUGUUCGAAUUCAUGAUUGAGUCCAUCCUCUAUGCCCGGGAUGCGUGGCUGAAGGAAGAUGGGAUCAUCUGGCCAACCACGGCUGCACUGCACCUGGUGCCCUGCAGUGCAGACCGGGACUACCGCAGCAAGGUUCUCUUCUGGGACAAUGCCUAUGAGUUCGACCUCAGUGCCCUCAAAUCCUUAGCAAUCAAGGAGUUCUUUUCGAAGCCCAAAUAUAAUCACAUUUUGAAGCCUGAAGACUGUCUUUCUGACCCAUCCACGAUACUUCAGUUGGACAUGAGGACUGUGCAGAUUGCUGAUCUGGAGACAUUAAAAGGUGAGCUGUGCUUUGAUAUCAAGAAAGCUGGCACUCUGCAUGGAUUCACAGCCUGGUUUAGUGUUCACUUUCAGAACCUGGAGGAGGAGGAGCCACAGCUGGUGCUGAGCACAGGACCCUUUCACCCCACGACUCACUGGAAGCAGGUGCUGUUCAUGAUGGAUGAGCCUGUGGCCGUCUGCGAAGGAGAUGUGCUCACAGGCUCUGUUGUGCUGCAGAGAAACCCUGUGUGGAGGAGGCACAUGUCUGUGGCUCUGAGUUGGUCUGUCACCUCCAGACAAGACCCCACAGCACAGAAGAGUCUGAGCAGCACUGUCUUGGCAGGUUUUUGCAGAACCAUCAGGCCCAGUUGGCUGAAUAUUGCGCUGGAGAAAAAGUCUUUCCAAUCUGGAGAUGACAGGCCAAGUUGUGCUGGGAAGAACGAGUGUGAGUGGGUGGGGACAUUUCCUGGACACCACAACCUCUCUCCCAGGCAGAGCUGACCCUUCAUCUGUGGGUGUGUGCCAUUGUCAGGGUCACUAUGGAGAUGCACUUGGGCUUGGCGGGACUGCCAGCCUCUAGUCCCUUGUUUUUGUCCUCUAGAAGUAGGCUGUGUCCUCUGUGCUCACCAGUGGCUCAGUGUCCCUCAGCUAGUCUAGUCUGAAUCCUGGUACACACACAGCAGCCUUGUCCGCCGUGAAAGUGACUUUCCUCCACGUGUGUCAGUGGUAUCCUUACUGCCCCGUCCAUCUUCUCACCAUGUGGAAUGUGGGGCGCAAAAAUUCGUGCAGGAGCCAAGUUGGCCAUGCAUGUGGUGGGACUCUGCAUGAGAUCCUUGUAGAGAUGUCUUCCAAGUAAAUCAUGUGUUGGCACAUAAUCCAUGCUCAAUAAAUAUUUUGAAUACAUG